AUUAUCAAACACAAUUUUUUCCAUCAAAUUAUCCAAAAAAUGACCAAAUUUAAUUAAUUUUCGAUCAUAAAUCGGUAAUAAAUCGCCACAAUGGCGCAUUUCUUCCAACGCGACGUGCUCAUAGUAUGUUCUUGCGGUUCGCUGAAGCCUCUAACAAAACUGUACUUUUGCCGGCACUGCGUUGUGUUACGAUGCGGAUACUGUGUUAGCCACGAAGUAGAUUCCAUUUACUGUUCGAAUUGCUUGGAAAAUCUCGCCUCAUCCGAAGCUAAACUAAAGAAGAACCGUUGCGGGGUAUGCUUCGAUUGUCCUAGUUGUUUUCACACGUUAACCAUACGUGCUUCGACCGUAUCUCGAAUCAAUACCGAGUCAGGCCAGUCUGGGUCAGCUUCGAAAACAUCCUACAAGAGCUACUACUUGGCUUGUUUCUUCUGUCGAUGGACGUCUCGCGACGCUAAGAUCCCAGAUCAAUCGACAGCUACGAGCAGCAAUUGGCCCGAACACGAGAACAAGUACGCUGGGCGAAUCGCCACAUUGCUCGAAUACUACAAGGUAAUCACGCUGAGAGAACGACUAGAGAAAGAGAAUCGUAUGUUUCUACAUUCUAGUCGUCGUACGUAUCAACAUUUCAGCGAGAAGUUCGGUUUGUCUGCGAUGAUCGCUAGGAAACGAGCUGGUCUACCUCCUUUACCACCUCUAGGGCUGGGUCGCGAAGAUACAUCGACUCCGCCGCAAAUUACGCCUGCCGAAGCAUCCGAAAUAGUCGAGCAAUUACCAGAUGAUAUAUUCACCGCACCUGUAGAUCUAGUUCAACUCACAUCGCUCAGUCAACGUUUCGUUAUACCCGAUUUGCAGCCCGAAUUAGUCGCUGAUCUAUUCCCACUGCAUAAGCAGCUAUUCAUUAAACGAUCCCAAAGAUGUCGAGUCUGUCUGCACAAUAUCUUCAAACCGGAAUACGGUCCGGCUUCGAUUAAAUUCAAAAUCCAUCUAGCAGCUUAUUACUACGUACCGGAGAUCAGACUGAUGGAUAAAACCACCUUCGACAAAAACACCCCGACCGAGAUACUCUUGAAAGUAAUCAAUCCGGCUCAAAUAUCGACUACAGUGCAAUUCGUCCAACUACUCGACGUUCCGUUGGAAAGCUUCACGACGGAAACGAUUCGAUCCGAAGACGUCAGCGAGCCGGAGAGCCUGGAACGUAAGAGCAUCUCCGGUCUAGUACCAAUUCCAAAGAAAUCCUACCCCCAAGAGAAACCCAGACCGGUGAAGAUCAAAACAAACGGGAAAGUAACGCUUCCAGAUGCUGUCGUAUCGCUCCCACCUCGAGACGAUACCGCCGAAUAUGACGAUAUAGGUGAUACGAACCAGUACAACGAUGAUCCGGCUGUGGUAACCUGGCGUAAAGGCAAUAAGGUAGUGAUUAAGAUCAGCGUUACUCCGAACGAUGAUUUAGAGUCAGGAGACAGUGUGACUGUCGGUUUCGUUAUGAAAUACACCUACCACGAUAAGAUAAUUUCGCCAUUAGAACAAAAAGAAGGUAAAGACGUCACUAUCAACGUUAGACAUUUUUUAACCGUCGGAAACAUCAAGCAGUAAUCAUCCUACGGAUAAUCGUCGUUCUUCGUCGGAAAAUGAUCAUUUUUUAUUUCUGUUUUACGAUACGUUAAUUUUGUAUAAUUUGUACAUAUACUAUUUAUUCAUUUUUUUUUUUGUAAUACUCUUUAUAUCUCACUCGUCACGAGCUUUUUUUUAACAGUAUUUUUUCAAUGAUUUUUUUUUUCUGUUACCUACGUUUAGGUUCAAUAAAGAAAAUAUCAGCUUC